AUGUCAACUGUUACUGUUCCACCCGUAUGCAUGCUGAGAGGCAACACCAAAUGCCAGCGCACCUCUUUGCUGAUCAAAAGCCCAUCCUCACUGAGCUCCAUGAAGCGUAUCUCAAAAGCAUCAUCCUUGAGGACAUCCAACCGCUUCAGGGCAUGUGCUAUGGCAGUCUACAAGGUGAAACUCAUCGACCCGGAGGGGAAGGAACAUGAGUUCGACGCUCCAGAUGAUAGCUACAUUCUGGAUGCAGCCGAGGAUGCAGGAGUGGAGCUGCCAUACUCAUGCCGAGCUGGAGCAUGUUCGACGUGUGCUGGUCAAUUGGUGUCGGGCAAUGUCGAUCAGUCGGAUGGAUCCUUCCUCGAUGAAACACAGAUGUCAAAGGGUUAUAUCCUGACCUGUGUCUCCUAUCCGAGAUCAGAAUGCGUCAUCUACACUCACAAAGAAGGCGAACUAUAUUGA